AUGUCAACGCCGUACGCCAACGCGCCCGUCAUCUCCCCGAGUUUACUGAGCUGCGAUUUCGCCCGCAUGGCGGACGAAUCGCGCAAGGUUAUCGCGUGCGGCGCCGACUGGUUGCACCUGGACGUCAUGGAUGGUCACUUUGUCCCGAACUUGACGUUCGGCGCGCCCGUGCUCACGUCGCUGCGCCCGCACGUCCCGGACGCGUACUUCGACGUGCAUCUGAUGGUGACGAAUCCGCUGGACUACAUCGAGCCCAUGGCCAAGGCGAAGACGAACAUGUUUACGUUUCACGCCGAGGCGUGCGACGGGGACGCCGGCGUCGAACGCGCGUGCGAGGAAGUUCGAAAGGCUGGAAUGGAGGUUGGGAUCGCCAUCAAGCCAGGAACGGCGGUAGAUGUGGUACAUUCGAGCGUUGAGAAGGGUUUGUGCGAUAUGGUACUCGUGAUGACUGUUGAACCGGGCUUUGGGGGACAGAAAUUCAAUCCGGAGUGCUGCGAAAAGGUGAAGCGGUUGCGAGAGCGGUUUCCAAAGUUGAAGAUUCAAGUCGACGGUGGAUUAUCGGCGAGCACGAUUGAUGCCGCGGCGGAAGCGGGGGCAAACGUGAUCGUCGCGGGUAGCAGUGUGUUCGGAAGCGAUGACUGGACGAAGGCGAUUGACGUGCUCAGAGAGGGGGUGCAAAAGUACAAUUCGUUGUAA